AUGGAUACAACAAACGAGCUGAAGUCUAAGCGUGCAAGCAUCUACAGGCAUCUUGGACAGGUCCUUUCCUCUAUAGAGUCCACCGACGAGUUAUUGAUAUCAUUGCAGGAACUCCGAAACUUUGGGUUUCAUCCUGUGCGGGUGGGAUUUGACGGAGAUGAGUUGGACCUUUCACCGUGCUUCUUCAAACCCCUUUCUGCAUCAAUCAUCGACGAGCAUCCAUUGGAAGACGAAACCCCCGAAUCAAUGGCAUCGGAGUUCUUUGAACCUCCAGGCCAGGAAGGUGCCCCAUCAGGCGAACUGGAGCAAGUGGCCUAUUAUGUGUGGGCUCAUGUUGAACGACUGAGUACUGCGUCCCGUCACGGUCUUUAUCGCGGCCUGGACAUAUUCGCUUCUUUCGAACCUCGCACCUACAUCCCCGGUCGACCGGUAUCUGGGCGGGACCUAUGGCUCAUAGGUACUCACCCUUCUUGGGAGACAAAAAGAGACCUUGAGAACCCUUCCUACCCUCAUCUGGAGCUCUGUGUCCUUCAUGGCAUCCUCGCGACUGAUGAGGCUCUUGCGAUCACUGAACUAAAGGCUAUUGCCAGAGCGCUGCGGCGCCGUUAUCAGGAUCCAGCAUUUAAGCUACAUAAUGUUGUGCCGCUGUUGAUGCUAUCUUAUCUAGCACCCCAGCAUGGCAGGAUCAUACAAGCCCAUCAUGAUGGCAAGAACAUUGUGGUACAGUAUACGCCUCUAAUGAGCUUCGAAGUGAAGUCUCCGGGAGAGAUAGCUGAGCCUAUUUCUCUUUUCUUACGAUAUCAACUCAGCCGCCCCGUUGGCUCAACUAGUAGGCAUUGUCGCUGCAACUGCUCGGAUUCGGCUAUCCUAUGA